UGUUGGGAUUGAUGAAAUUAGAGCAUCAGCUAUCAUGUGGUCUAUAAAACUGUUUUAAAUUUUGGUCUUAUUGCGAUUUAAAACACGAAAACCUAGUAAACGGUCGUGUUCAGGAAACAUUCAAGAUGGAGACUUCCUGCCCCACGACCACUUUAUAAAGCGAAUUCCCUCACGAGUCGAUUACUGGCGUUGUUAUACUUUGGGGACUUGUGUUUUUUCUCGAAAAUGAAAGUAGAAACGCAUUGAAAGCACACAUGGAUAACGAUAACAUUUUUUUCAAACAUGUUUCACCGUUGAUCUGAGAGGCCAUGUAGACACUCGGCUGAAAUGGAUAGUAUUGUUAUAGAGGGUAUCGGCCACGUAGGAGACGUGCCCGGCCAGAUCACCGAAGAUGACCCCCCAGACCAUCCCCACCCAGAUGUUCUUGAAGAGGAUGACCACCAGCUGUGUGAAGUUCAUGAUGACAACACCAUUAACGAUAACAGUAUCAUCAAGAUUGAACCCAAUGUGGACAAUCCAGGUGUGGGCGAUUCCAUCGUGGUUGACCCCAGUGUGGGCAUUCAUAAUGAUAUGCAUGAAGGGGAGGUGAUCGGCCUACUGCUUCAAAGUCAUGGGAUUGAAGAGGACCUAGUUCACGAUAUUGAUCCCCAACAGUUGGGUGUGACUGUAUCUAUACCUGAUCAUAGCCUGAUCCCCACCGACACCACUGCUCAGACUGUGCAGGCUGUUACCCUGGCUGAUGGCACUACAGCCUUUAUACAACAUCCUAAAGGGAGAAAGUUUCUGGAGGGCCAGACUAUUACACUUGAGGAUGGCAGCACUGCUGUGGUACAAGGGUUGAGCCAAGUGUCCAACUUGCCCAGCCAGAUUGAAUCCGGGCCAGACAAUAUGACAGAUGAGGUGGACCUAAAGGAUAUACACCAGCUCCAGGUCCAGCAAAUGACCCUAGUGGAUGGUACACACAUCGUGGAUGGGACACACAUGGUGGAUGGUCAGACACUCCCUGACAGCCAUGCCCAUAUGACAGAUGGUCAACCUGUACAGCUAGAGGAUGGAACAACAGCCUAUUUACAUACGACCCCAAAAGAGGGAUUACAAGCCAUACAAUUAGAGGAUGGUACUACAGCCUACAUUUCUCACCCGACACCUGAGGCUCUGUUUGGUGAUGCUGCCAACCUCGACUCGGCUUCUCUCAGUUUGGAGCAACUUACAACUCAGGUAUCAGCAGAACAGCUGAAAAAUUGUUCAGAUAUGACAAAUGUGUCAGAAACCAAAUCAGUCAGUGUAGCCAACGGAGCAGCCGGGGUGGUGAGCAGCAUAACUGUGAUUGCCGCAGGCCUGACUGGGGAUGGCAAACCGAUCAACAUUGGGGAGAAAGCCUACAAAUGUAGCUUUGAGGGUUGUGGUCGCCUCUACACCACCCAUCAUCACCUUAAGGUCCAUGAGAGAUCUCAUACUGGUGACCGGCCAUUCAAAUGUGAGUUUCCUGCCUGUACCAAAGCCUUUGCCACAGGCUAUGGCCUAAAGAGUCACACGCGGGUACAUACGGGGGAAAAGCCUUAUAAAUGUCCAGAGGAAAGCUGUGAUAAAGCAUUCAAAACAUCAGGGGACCUGCAGAAACAUGUCAGAACACAUACAGGAGAACGUCCAUUUAAAUGUCCAUUUGAGGGAUGUAAUCGGUCAUUUACAACGUCCAAUAUACGAAAGGUACAUAUCCGUACCCACACAGGAGAGCGACCAUAUGUGUGUCAAGAGGAGGGCUGUGGGCGGGCUUUUGCUAGCGCCACAAAUUACAAAAACCAUAUCCGUAUACACACAGGAGAGAAGCCCUAUGUGUGUACAGUACAUGGCUGUGGAAAGAGAUUUACAGAGUACUCCAGUCUUUACAAACACCAUGUGGUACACACCCACUCCAAGCCUUAUGUGUGUAAUCACUGUGGGAAAACGUACCGACAGACAUCUACUCUUGCUAUGCACAAACGCACCGCACAUGGAGAGGACAUCACACCUGAAAGUGAGGCUCAGUUAAUGGCUCAACAUAGAAACCCAGGAGAUGAUGAGGAUGAACCACAAGAGAAACGGGCAAAGUUUCAGUAUGCCUUGUCCACACCAGAGGGCACAGUUUCUCAGGAGGAUGCAACUAUGGCCAUUACAACUUCAGAGGCCCAGCAGGCUCAGAACUCCCUGAUGGGCAGCACCACUGUGUUAGGGGCAGAGGAACAGGCUGUUGUAACCAUGCAGCAGACACAGACGACAGCAGCACAACUUCUGGGCCAGCUACAACAGCAGCAAAGCAUGGCAACCAUCACUGUGGGAGACCAGGGCCAGCAGGUGUAUGUGAUAACUGAUCCAGCUCAGCUGGAAGCUCUACAACAACUGGCCCAACAGCAAUUGGAUGGUCAGGAUGUACUGGAUGGAGGUGCGAUACUUGGCCAGGAGGUGGUGCAGUCAGCUGCGGAAGGCAUCAAUGCUGGCGAUGUCCAACACGUUACCAUGUCCUUCCAAUGACAACUAUGAUUGUUUUAUUGGUGACUUAGGGAUAUAUACUAUAUGCUAUUGACACAAUAAUGGUAUCAUGUCCUUAUGCUAGAGUGACAUAAGCUGCCGUGGAUAUAUACUAUAUGCUAUUGACACAGUAAUGGUAUCAUGUCCUUAUGCUAGAGUGACAUAAGCUGCCGUGUGAUCUGUGGUUAAGACUACCCUCAGCUGCAGUUACCGUUGAGAUGUUAGGAUCAGGUUAUAAUUGGCAUGGAGACACGAGAACUGUGUUAAGAGUAAGCAUGGUGUGGUGGAGAGCAUGUUAUAAUUACCAUGGUGAUGUGAGGAUUAUAUAACAGUUCCAAGGUGAUGUGAGGAUCAUGUUAUAGUUACCAAGGUGAUAUGAGGAUCAUGUGAUAGACAUGUUGGUGUGAGAAUUAUUUGUUACCUUGAUGAUGUGGAAAUGUUCAUGUGGGGGGGAAUUGUUUACAGCUAGAGAGCUUAUUACUUGGCACGGCGUUGGCUGUUUGUCCGUCUAUGUCAACUUCUUUUUUAAAAAGACCGCUUAAUAAAAACAUAAAACCCUGGGGUCAUAUUAUUUGGCACAAAGCUAGUUGGGGUGAAAGGCUAUCAAUUAAAAGAAAAAUCAACAUUCUUGUCUUAUACUCAUGGUCACAAGGAUCCAGUGUGUUUGAAAUAUUCAAACAGACUUAUAUAUCAUCUGGGUGGGGUUUUACCCAGAGUUGAUCUGAACCCCUAAAACAUCAGUUUAGGUCCAAACAACACAGAUUAGGCUGUCACACUUUCCAGGUCCAAACAACACAGAUUAGGCUGUCACAACUUCCAGGUCCAAACAACACAGAUGAGGCUGUCACAACUUCCAGGUCCAAACAACACAGAUUAGGCUGUCACAACUUCCGGGUCC